UACGGAUCUUCAAUACUGUUUCAUCUAUGACUGUAUUUGACUAUCCCGCGGCGCAAUUAAUGUUUGGAAUGCACUAAGAUUGUAUCAUAAUUAAAUUUACAAUACAUCGAUUUGUAUUACAGUAUUCGAACAUAUAUAUAGAUAUAUAUUUCUAAGCAUUGUUAUCAAUCGAUUAUUGCACACAAAUGGGAAAAAUAUAUUAUUAGGAAAAUGCAGAAUUUUUAAUUAGCAAAACGCGAAUAAAGGACCACUGGAGUAUAUAUUAAUAAAACUUUUCUACUGAUGAUCCUUGAUGAUAUACAUCAUCGUAAAUUCGUUUAUUUACCGAAGGAUUAAAUCUCUAUAUCAUAAUAGUAUCUCUCGUGAAAUUCACAAAUUCCUGUCGUUAUCGCAGUGCAACGAUGGCCAAGUGCUCAAGCAUGCAGUAACCAUCAAUCUGUCACCCAAUGAUGAGAUGACGAUUAGUCCGUAUUAGGUGGUGCCAUGUUACAUGAAACAAGCUGGAUGCGCACGAUGGCAAUUUCUUAAAUUGGGAACCAGCGUGCCGAUAAAAGCAGGUGAUGUCUGCUCUCUGCUGCCUGAUAAAUGUUGGUUUAAGGUCAUCUCAGUGCCAGACACGAUGGAAAGAAACAAUCAGAUAUUAAAAAGAAAAGCUGAUGAAAAUUUGAGUAAUGAUGUGGACGGUAAGAAAGCAUGCUUGUCAUCCAAUGUGGAAGUUAUUGUAUCUCCCAGUGAAAUUUUGAAUGAUAUGCUUAAUGAUAAAGAUCCAUUAAAUGAACAUCAGAAUUCUUCUGUUAAUGAAAAUAGCGAGCCCAAUGAUGACACUGCUCCAGUCUUGCAGGAAACCUAUUCUGCGAGCUCUCUAGAGGAAAAUAGUAUGCUCGCAACAUGUUCUAAAAUGUCGGCAGACUCUCAAGACAUAAUUGAACCUUGUGUCAGGCAACAGAAUGAUAAGAAACAGAAAACAAAAAGCAUCAACUCAACAAGCGAAGCUAUGAUAAAUGUUGAAACAGGAAAGAAAAUUAAAUGGGAUUGCGAUGCCCAUUUCAGUGAUCAAACUGAGAUUCAAGCUUUACCAACACAGAACAAUGCUCGUUCGCCUGUUACUUUGCAUCAGGACCAAGCAAAUGCACAAAAUCCUGUUAGAGUUGUCAGAGAAAAAUGUAUAUAUGGUGCUCGAUGUUAUCGGAAAAAUCUCAAUCAUAAAAACAAUUACAGCCACCCGGCCGAUUCCGAUUACGACGAGAUAGAUGAUCGGGAGGAGUGUCCAUACGGUAAAAAGUGUUAUCGUAAAAAUCCUCAGCACAAGAUGCAAUUCAAGCAUACAAGCGUCCCACGUCAUCGUCGAAGAGCCGCUACUCCAAUGCACUCGGUGACCAAUACCACGUCUGAAACAGAUCACUCGUCUGCAGAAGAAUCUGUCGACGAAUCUGAUUACGAACCGUCUGUGUAUACAGGAAGUUCGGACGACUUGGAUGAAAGCACAAGCGAGUGGGAAGAUGGCACAACGGGCUGACGUUAAAUAUUAACCGGCCUUCUCAUAUUAUCGUCGUCGAUUUCUACGUCAUAUUUUUUUAGAGCGUCCAAAUUAUAGAUAUUUCUAUUGGUAAUACA